AUGUCUCUUGGUGCGAGCUCCUCGGAGCAGUAUAUUAAUCUGAUACCACGCUACAUACGCGCUUUACGCCCUCGAUCGAGCAGCGUUCACGGCUGUCAAAGCUCCCGCCGCCAAUUUCACGACUACUUCGUCACCCGGCUACCCUCGAGUUCCCUCCACCCGGACUCGCGCUCGUCCACCGGCCUUGCCCACAAAUUUCCUCGCAAAGACAGCACACCGCAUACCGACGAUGGUCGCAAAGCCGCCCCGCUUCAUCAUCCGACGGCGAACCGAGAUACCACCACGGUUCGCAUCCCACUCAAGAGCGCCAAACAUCACUACGGGGCCGCCGUCAGUCGUGGCAGCAGGCCAUACAAUGAGGACAAUCACCAGGCCGGCGUCAUCGAGCUGCCAGCAUUUGCGAAGCGUCCACCGGUUAGUCUGCGCCUGGACAAGGCCAAAGAGGCGGAAAGUGCAGAUGGGGCUAGUGGCGAUCCGCAAAUUUUCUACUUCGGCGUGUUUGACGGACACGGUGGCGUGGAGUGCAGCGAGUAUCUCAAGGAGAGGCUACAUGAGUACAUUGAAGGAGCCGCGGUCGACUUUGACUUGCGGAGCAGUCUACAGGUAGGAGACCGUGCAGGCGGUGGCAAGAGCAAGGACAUUACGGCGGGCGAGGAGUACGACGCCGAGACUAUGAGGCGAGGCAAGGAAGCCCUUAAAAACGUGCUGAAGGGUGGCAAGGACACAGAGGAUGGCGACGGAGUGCCAAUCCCCAGCGAACCUACCCAAGUCGAAACCGGCAACUUCGAACGUAUGCAGAAGAUAGAGAAAGAGCUGAUUAAAGACUGGCGAGAACUGGUCUCAGGCUACUGGCGACGAGCAAAACCACCAUACUUCUCCAUCUUCAGCGACGUCGACGCCGGCGGCAUGAAGCGCAAAACUUCCACCUCCACCUCCACGACCACCAUCGAAGAAGUCCUCUCCUACUCCUUCCUCAAAGCCGACUUCGACUUCGUCUCCGCCCAAGCUGCCCUCGCCGAUCCCGACGCUGACUCCGUCCACUCCGAACGUCCCCUUAACGAUGGCGACAUCCUCGGCGUGCCUCACAAAGUCGCCUCCCACGUCAAAUCCAACACCGACACCCAGCGCUUCAAAGGCGGCAGCACCUGCUCCAUCGCCAUGGUCUCCACACCAUCACCAGUCCCCUUCUGGAAUCCCGCUUCAACGUCCACCCUCAUCGUCGCCCACGUCGGCGACACCCGCAUCCUGCUCUCCUCUACCGCCACCGGCUCCGCUCAUCCGCUAACAACAAACCACCACCCUUCCUCGCCCAUCGAAGCAACCCGCCUCCGCCGCUACGCCGCCACUUUCGUCACCGACUCCUUCGGCGAAGAGCGCAUCUCUGGCCUCGCCAACACGCGUGCUUUCGGCGACAUCGCCUCGAAACGCAUCGGCGUCAGCGCCGAGCCCGAGAUCACCCGUAUCGAACUGAGUCCGGCGGAGUACGCGUUCAUGGUGCUGGUAUCGGACGGCGUCAGCGGCACGUUGGGCGAUCAAGAGAUUGUGGAUAUUGUAAAGGAGGCAAGGACGGCGGAGGAGGCGGCGAGAAGAGUUGUGGACUUCGCGACCGAGGUCAGUCAAGAUGGGGAUAAUGCGACGUGUUUGGUCGUCAGGUUGGGUGGAUGGGAGAGGAGGCAGGAGGGUGGAGUUGGGAGUUUGGGGACGAAGGAGGCCAGGGACUUCAAGCGGGAGCAGGCCAGUGAUCCGCGGACAACGUCGACCUUCGAGAUGACCUCUUCAAUCCGGGCACCGCAGUGGGACAAGCCGGCACCGACGCUCGCCUCAAUGCCCACUGAAAUCCUCGAUCGAAUCUUUCGCGCCGUCGUUCCUGGAUAUUGGGUGUACUGUGGCUCCUACGACCAUGGCACAAUCAGACUAGCAUGGUCGCCUAGAUGGAUUCCGGGUCUACGAGUCAUCUCCAAGCGUUUCAAAAAGAUCAUCGAUCCAAUUCUGCUCAACUCCCGCUGGCUAGGUUAUCCGUCGCAUUUAGCCGACCUGUACGAGGCGUUGGCACAACAACCUUGGGAGGAGCGUCCGCGUCGACAAGUGAAGGGCUGUCGCAACGAUGAGAAGUAG